AUGCAGAACAGUGAAGUUGAAUUGCCAUUACCAAAAAGAUCUAUUGCAACUACAAUAGAAUUGCCAUUAUUUAUAAAUAUGGUAGCCGUAUCAUUAACAGGUCCUGUAGUAAGUAACAUAAUCUUGUAUCGUACGUGUGUACACUCCCUAAAUUACACACAGGAUAAAUGUAGGCCGUAUCUUUCCCCUAUUAAAAGUAAUGACACAAUAAAUAUAGAAGAAGAAGUACAAAAAUACUCUACUAAUGUGUGGACUGUUAAAGUAGUAAUAGAAUAUUUAUUUCCUGCUCUACUGUCGCUGUUCUUAGGGGUAUGGUCUGAUACAUAUGGCAGGAAGCCUUUGAUAGUAUGGCCGUUAUUAGGUAUGUCACUGACGGGAAUUUUGAUAGUAGUUUACAGCGUGAUGGAUAAUUUAGGGCCUUGGUGGUACAUCCUCACAUCAGUGCCAUUUUCUGUUACCGGUGGUUACGUGAUUCUUUACUCUGGCGCGUAUUGUUUUGUCAGUGACACCAGCUCAUCCGAUAGUACAACCAUUCGAAUGACGAUGGUCGAUGCAACUACAUCACUGGGGAGCGUUGUGGGAACCAUGCUCAGUACUUAUCUCAUAUUGACGAUUGGAAAUACAUAUUUACUUUUAAUAACAGCUGCGCUCAAUGUGAUAGCGUACGCUUUUACAAAUAUAUGGAUUAUGGAGUCGUUAACAGGGGCGUUACAGAAUGGAGUAUCACGAAUCUUCGACUGUUUACUUGUAAAGGAAAUGUUUGGCGAAUGUUUCAAAGAGCGCCCAAAUCACGGAAGGGCACAAAUUAUUCUAUUGUGUUUCAUUAGAUUGCUAUUAGUUAUGAUUUUAUUUGGGACAGUCUCCCUAGAAUAUUUGUAUACGAGGCAAAAAUUGCACUGGUCUUUAAGAGAUUAUACGGAAUAUUCAGCGACCAGUACCAUUGUCGGCUUGGCCGGUGGAUUUUUUGGAGCGAUCGUAUUACAAAAGUGUCUUAAUAUAGGGGAUAUUACAUUCGCUACCAUAGCCAUAAUAACGUCGACUGUUGAUAGCCUAAUGAAGCUCUUUGCUGUAGAAAAGUGGCAAAUGUACCUAGGCUCCAGUAUAUCGAUGUUUAGAGGCCUUCACGGCCCUUUGAUAAGGUCGUUUUUAAAAAAAACACUUCCACUAGAGGAUAUAUCCAAAGUGUUCUUCUUAGUAUGCAUGGUAGAGAGCAUCGGCCCACUGGUAGCUCCUGUGCUAUUUAACUCGGUCUACGCCAUGACUUUAGCGAUUUUCCCUGGGGCUAUAUAUGUAUUGAGUACUGUCAUGUUCGCAUCGUGCUUGGUUAUGUUAGGAUUUGUGCAGUAUUAUAGCAGGAAUAGAGAGUCGGUAAACUAUCUGCCAAUCGACAAUUCUACCGAUACU